AGAACCGAAAAUCAGUCAGCAUUCACAACAGUGAUUUUCCGAGAGGAAGACCUUCGUAUGCAGCGCGAAACUGGACAAACUUUAGAUAUUAAAAUCAGAGCUGAAAUGGAAUUGGAGGUGAUGGUAGACCACAGUGAGGUGUAUCCUGCACAGGAUACUGAGUUUAAGAUCGUCGAAGUGUUUUCUAUGGACAAUUUACAAUCAGGUGCUUCAAAUACCGUGACCGAGGUCGUCAUUGAGGAGGAAUCAGACAGCGAUACCCUUGUAGUUGAUCAUGACUUUGGGUUUGGGGCUCCACAUGCAGAAUACCAUGCUGAUUCUGAGUUGCAUUCAGCUGGACAACCAGUUAAAAAGAGACGAAGGCAGCCACAGCAAAAGUUGUUCUGCCCCAUCUGUGGAAAGAUGUGCAUGUCCAUCUCAGGCCUGAAAGUGCACCAGAAAAUGCACACGAGAGAUUCAUCGCUUGACUGCAACAUCUGUAACAUGACCUUCCCAUCCCAGGCGGCUCAGAGCGCCCACAUGGCCAUGCACAACCCAGAGAAGACCCACCAGUGCCCCUGCUGUCCCUUGCGCUUUGCCUCGGAUAGGGCUCUGCAGGGCCACUUCCGAGUCCACCACAAGGGCUCUGAGAUGAUGAUGCCUCGGAAGAAGCAGGGUAAGCAACGGAAACCUCAGUUGCCACCGAGUCCACAGCGCACUCCGUCGCCACCUAGUGGGCAUUUUAGUCAGUUGCCACCCAUGGAGCAUUUCAGUCAGUCGCCACCCAGAAGUGUUAAACGGCAGAGCAAAAAGAAACACAAGACGCCGUCGCCAGCGCAGCUUCUGCUGCCCGAGUUGCCUGAGCCACAGAUCGUCAAAGCACAGAAGACGGAGAGCCGCAAAGGCAAGCAGGGGACGGGAUACAGGAAUAGGGAGAAAAUCAAGCUGGCAAAACUGAACCGAAAGGCCUUCCUGCAAGCUAGUCCUGUACAGCAGGCCUCAUACUUGCAACAAGUAAUCGAGGAGAGCAGAAAGCCUGUUCCUGCGCAGAAGGCCGGCGGUCCCGACCGGAACGGGACGUACCGAUGCAAUAUCUGCAAGAAGAUUUUCCGGGAGCUCCACUUCCUGGAGAAGCACAUUGUCGUCCACAUGGCGGUGCGGCUGCACAAGUGUAGUAUGUGCAGCGAGUCGUUUGACUCGGCGCGGGCACUGAACGCCCACGAGAGCGAAGUGCAUGACCAAGGGCAGUAUGUCUGCAGCAUCUGCGGCAAGAACUUGCACAAGCUGGGCUCGCUACUCAACCACCAGCUUCUUCACGAGAAGAAGGGUGCCAAGACAAAGGCCAGGUCGAAGAAAUCAGCUUAGGUCACAGGGGCCACUGACAUCAAGGAGCAUGAGUUUUUAAAAGAGAUGUGAACAUUGAGACAUUUGAAUGGGGGGGGGGGAGAGAUUGGGAUUGGGCAGAUCGUUUCUCAGAGAAUCGUUUGCUUUAUGCUUUUCAGACCACUGUUGUUCUGCACAAACACAUGGUUUCACGUACCCGCCCAAUUAAACCAAAUUAUCAGGUUAAACAUUAUCCUAUCCAGCAUGUAAAUAUUAGUGAGAUGGUAGUUUAGCUAGGCUAGAUCUCAUAUAUUAAUUCAGAGGGCAAUACACGGCUGAAAGUUAAUCAUUCUAAAACCACAGCACUCUGAUCAUGUUUACAACCCUUUAAUUUUCUAGAUACAAGGACUUCCUUUAUGUUGGCUGGUGUUAACAUAUGAACAAAACACAAAGUUUAGGACUCACUUCACAGAGCAACAAAAUGAGUCCACUUUGAAAGUCAG